AUGUCAGGACUGUUGCGGCCCUUGAUAAGACUUCUUGGUUUCUCCAGGCUUCAGCACCGCAGUGGCAUUCCUGCCACCAAGCUCUUCCACAAUGCCGCUGCUGCUCGCGACGUGACGCGCUUCGCCGAGGGCGAUCGAGUGCUGAUCGAUGGAUCGAGACUCACCUUCCCGCUGGCACGGAAUGCCAAAUUCGACCUCGCAAAAGGCCAGCUCCAACUCAAUGACAUUAUCGGCAAGCCCGUCACGUCUACCUUUGUUCGCUCCUCGAAAGGCGGCCUGCAUCGAGUUGAGCUUCCCUCCCUGGAGGACUAUGUCACACUUACACCGAGGCUCGUGACGCCCGUCUACUCGAGCUAUGCCUCUACCAUUGUUUCCCUGCUUGACAUCCAUCCUGAGCCCGUUGCCGAGGAGCAUGCAGGAAACGAUAGUCCCCCGCGCAUAGAUAUCCUAGAAGCAGGAACCGGCCACGGCAGUCUCACGCUGCACCUCGCUCGCGCAAUCGCCGCGGCGAACCCAUCCCCUCCUACCGCCGAACUGCCCAAGUGCCGUCUAUACGGCGAUCUCACGGCCGUCACGCCCUCAACUCCUGCGGAACAUGAACGCUCCGAGGCGCCCACAUCCACAUCCACACUCACACAAACCUGGUCGCAAUGGAAGUCUUCCCGCCGGGCGGUAAUCCACACGGUCGAAGCGGUCCCUUCAUACAGCACCCACGCCGAGAAGAUCGUGCGCGGCUUCCGAAGAGGUCUAUACUGGCCGCAUGUCGAUUUCUACACUUCGUCGCUCCAAGACUGGCUUGUCCAGCACUCUCAUGGUAACACCGGCCAGGCGGAGUAUCUGGACUACGUGUGCCUGGACAUGCCGGGCGUGCACGAGCAGUUACGACACGUCGCCCCUGCGAUGAAGGACAACGGAAGACUACUAGUGUUUGUCCCUAGCAUCACGCAGAUUGGCGAAUGUGUCCGUGUCAUUGCCGAGGAAGGGCUGGGCCUGGAGAUGGGCAAGGUGCUCGAGCUUGGAGAGGGCAUCAGCAGUGGCAGGAAGUGGGACGUAAGGAUUGUCAAGCCAAGGAAAGGCUCUGCCUCUCUGGUUCAUGAGGGAGAGGAAAAGCGUGGUUCUGCCUCCCCACUCAACUCGGAAGAGAAAGAGGACGGCGAUGAGACAGAGCCAGUUGCAGUGGAGACUCCCGCAAGCGAACUGACAGACAGCGAAGGCGACGAUGUCAGUGGACCCGAGACCCCAAGCGAACCCGCUUCAGACAGAGAAGUCGAAAACCUACCGACAUCUCCACCUCUACCCACGUCCAAAGAUCAAGCCCCGGUCAUGAUCUGCCGGCCUCUCGUGGGCGAACGCACCUUUGGAGGCGGCUUCGUUGCCCUCUUCAGAAAGAUCUCGUUGACUUCGGUAGCAGCUGCAACAGAAUGGCGACAAAGCCAGACGGGCCGGGCGAAGAAGCGCAAUCGUUAG